AUGAUCGACGACGUGCAGCUGGUACCAAUGGCUUUUGUCAACAUCUCCGAUCCAGGCGAACGAGCCUUUGACAAGUCUGACUGGACCUUCUUGUCCCAUGAGAUGACGAUCUUCAACGAGAGCACUGGAUCCAUGCACAAGAGUCGCGCGCAGUUUGUGGUGCACGUUCUUCGAGAUGCGUCUCCCUAUGUUCAAAGCACCAUAUUCCCAGAGAUAAUGAUUGUCGUUCUCUCGUACACGGUUUUCCUUUUUCCUGUGAACCCUGGCUUUGCUAUGCCUCGAGUAUCCUCUGCUGUGAUUGCAUUCUUGUCAAUCUUGACCAUCAGCACCAGAACUUCGGCUAUGCUUCCGGAAGUGCGACGAGGCCUUGUGUGGAUGGAACUCUUCGAAGUGGUUUGCAAGAUGCUGCUCUUUACAGUGAUUUUGCUCAACAUCCUCAUCGAGAUGGUAUUUCACACGUGGCAGCAGCCUGAGCUUGCCAAGCAGUUAGUUCAUGAGCUCCGGUUGGGGUUCCCCUUGAUUGCUGGCCUUUCGAUGGCUGUGUGCUGGCUGGCCACUGGAAAGCGCCUAGAGCUCUUUUGCAACUCGGUACGGUUCAGCCUGCUUCUGGUCACGAUCCUUUUCAUCAUGACCGUUUUGCGCCGGAGCAGGAUCUAUGCGCAAAUGCAGAAAUGA